AUGACAGCACUGGGCUUGCGACUACCCACCGGCAAGCUAUUGGAGCUGCCGGCGGCGCGGCGCGUGAACCGAGCUUGCAGCACGUUCCAAACCUUCGCGGAAGUCCUCAGGUUGCCCACGAGACAAAUGACGAAGCGCGUUCCACUACAGGAACUCCAGCGGCAGCUCACACCAGACUCGAGGUUGGACCUUCACGUGAAGACCUUCGACCCGAGUCUGGAGGACAUCUCCAAGGCGGAGAGCGUCUUCACGGCCACCGGCCGCAACUGCAUCGAGUACCUUAGCUCCGCGGUGCGUCUCGACCACGCCCCGGACCUCCCCCACCCUGAGGUGUGUUUUAUAGGCAGAAGCAAUGUUGGAAAAUCCUCUCUAAUAAAAGCCUUAUUUUCACUGGCCCCAGAGGUUGAAGUCAGAGUCUCCAAGAAACCGGGGCACACAAAGAAAGAAUUUUUUUUCAAAGUUGGAAAAUAUUUUACAUUGGUGGACAUGCCAGGUUAUGGCUAUAGAGCUCCCGAAGAUUUUGUUGACAUGGUAGAGACCUAUCUAAAAGAACGAAGGAAUUUGAUGAGAACAUUUUUGUUAGUGGAUAGUGUUGUCGGAAUUCAAAAAACCGACAGUAUUGCCAUAGGAAUGUGUGAAGAAUUUGCAUUACCUUAUGUGAUGGUAUUAACAAAAAUACAAUCUUCCAGGGGACAUCUUUUAAAACAAGUGCUUCAGAUCCAGAAAUUUGUUGACACUGAAACACAAGGAUUUCCUCAGUUGUUUCCCGUAAGUUCUGUGACCUAUUCUGGAAUCCAUCUGUUGAGAUGCUUUAUAGCGAAUAUAACAGGAAAUCUUAAGACUAAUGGCCUUUAGUUUAGCUGAAGAUUCAAAAUUCUUUUUGCCAACUGGAGUUGAACAUAUAGAAUUUCAACUUUGUUUUAAAUGUUGUGUAUCUAUAAUUUGCAGAAGGAUAAUUUCAUCUUUAAAACCUGCAUCUUCCCAAAGCAAGAAUGAAUUUGUGCUGGGGAAAAAAAAGUUUAUAAAUAAAUUAUCCAGUUCAUUAGAACAGA